CGGACCCCGAGUCGUCUGCGGCCGGGGGACCCCUUCCCGCCCUCCGUCUCACCCGCUGGGCUGUGGAACUAGCGCGCGUCCCCCCUGUGUCCCUCACUCGUGGCGGGGCUCGGCUCGUGGCCUCUCAGUCGAGCUCUGCUCCACGCGACUCCGCGGACCGGCUGGGGUGUCCGCUUCUCCCUGCCCCUCCAAGGCCUGAGGCCGUGGUUCAAAAAUGGCUGGGCUCCCAUGGCCUCGCAUCAAGGUUGCUGACUUUCCAUGAUGUUUGGUGGUUAUGAGACCAUAGAAGCAUAUGAAGAUGACCUUUAUCGUGAAGAGUCAUCUAGUGAACUGAGUGUUGAUAGUGAGGUGGAAUUUCAGCUCUACAGCCAAGUUCAUUAUGCCCAAGAUCUUGAUAAUGUCAUCAAAGAGGAAGAACAUGAAGAGAAGAACUCUGGGAAUCCUGAAUCAUUCAGUAGUAAACCAAAUCAGAAGAACUUAAUUAUCCUUUCAGAUAGUGAGGUCAUCCAGCUAUCAGAUGGGUCAGAGGUCAUCACACUGUCUGAUGAAGAUAGUAUUUAUAAAUGUAAAAGAAAGAAUUUUAGAGUCCAUGCAGAAGAAAAGACCCAAGGUCCUCCUGCUUUUCUUCAUUCUAAUGAGUUGGCAGAUAAGAAAUGCAAGAGGGAUAUUGAGAAGACGAAAGCUGGAGAGAGAUCAGGUACAAUCCAAGAGGUCAUGAUUAUAGAGGUCAGUUCAAGUGAAGAGGAAGAGAGCACCAUUUCAGAAAGCGAUAAUGUGGAAAGCUGGAUGCUGCUGGGAUGUGAAGUUGAUGAUAAAGAUGACGAUAUCCUUCUCAAUCUUGUGGGGUGUGAAAAGUCUGUUAAUGAAGAACCAUUUUCUGAAGAGACUUCAUCCUCCUUUGAACUACCUUGGCACCUUUGUCAAAAUCCAUUGGCCAUAUAAACUGGAGUCUAUUUUUUUACUUUCUACUUUGUGAAAUUGAUCUACAUGUUUGUGCAUAACAUAAUUUCACGUUGUCUUGGUCAUUAUAACUGUACUAAGUCUUGAAAUUGUGGAGAAUAAUUUUUCUAGUUUUGUUCUUAUACUGUUUUGCUUUGUCUUUCCAUUUCUAUUUGUAUUUUCAAAUAAUCUAGUUAAUUUUAAAAAACUGGAAUUUUGAUUUUUUGUUGUUGUUGUGUCUCUACAUUAAUUUGGGGAAGAAUUGAUAUCUUAGUGAUAAUCUCCUGAUUCAUGCACAUGGUAUAGCUCUCCAUUUAGUUAGGCUUUCUUUAAUUUCUUAAAUCAUAUUUUUGAAGCUUUCAGUCUAUAUGUCUUGAAUAUUAAUUGGUAAAUUUAUCUCUAAGUAUUUGUUUUGAUUGUAAGUGAUACUUUUUAAUCCAACUUACAAUUUUCAGUUGAUAGUAUAGGCUUAAAAUGGUAUUUUGUUUCUCUUUUAUCCUCCAACCUUGCUAAACUCAGUUGCUUGUGAUUUCUUUAGGAUUUUCUACAUAAAUUAUCAUGUCAUAUGCAAAUAAAGACAGUUUUACUUCAUUUA